UUUUCAUUUUUGUAAUUCAUUCUUUUCUUCUUUCAUUACCAGUAUCAUCAUCAUGCAAUAAUCCAACAUUCUCAGAGGUUUUUGCACUGUUCGAUCGGGGAAAACUAAAAUUAGGUUUAAUGGAAUUGAUCCGAGUUUGAAAAUUGGGCGAAUGUUAGGGGCGAGUUUGUUGGGCUACCUUUCGUUAAUGGAGAUUUGAUUUCAUUUGAUUUCUCUCUCUCUCUUACAACCAAGUAUAAUUAAAGCUUGCUUCACUACACUCCAUUGAUUGUUUCUUUCUCACAGAUCACGACCAGAUCGAUGAUUCUGUAAUAAACACCUUUUCCAUGGAGACCUUCUAUUCGAGCAACGGGGAUAAAAAAAACCGGACCGGUCCGCCGGUGAUCCGGCGGCCUGAAUUCGCCGGAAACCGGUUCGCCGCCCUCUCUUGGUUGGACGUGCGUGUGUUCUAUGUCCGGAUCACAAAUUUCACGGCCGACGAUUCGUCGCCGGAAUCCCUCACGCUCCGUCACUUUCCGGCGUCGCCGGAAACUGUUGUGGAAGUGAACGGCGCUCGAUGCGCCAUGGAUUCCGACGCCAUGUCGUGCACCCUGCGUAAGGACAGAGUGGAUAAGGAAUCCGAGGAGGCGACAUUCAUCACUACCGACAGCAUUCGAGUGUCCGGCGGCGUCCGGUUCCACGUGUUCGACCGGGAGGAUCUCGUGAUCUCCGGGGCGUUGGAAAUGUCCGAUGACAAUGGCUUUUCCGUCGAGUCGACGACAAAGAGUAAUGCCGCCAAGAAGUGGGUGAUGAAGUGCGAGUCGGCGACCGGGCUUUUGAAAGGGAAGCGGAUUACGCGGGUCGAGCCGGUUUCGCCUACGAUCGAAGUUUACGUCGCCGGAAGCUUCUCCGGGACUCCGCUUAUAUUAACCAAGACUUUGGUGAUUAGUCCUCGAAAGAAACAUCGAAAGGUUGCGCUGCGGCCGAUUCCGGAGUAUGACCACGACGAUAGUGACAAUAACGAGGCUGGUCCUGAAUCGUUGGAAGAUAACAAAAUCAGCCUCGAUUUCCAGGUAGCAGAAUACAAGAAUUAUAGAUCAGACAGCGAGGAGGAAUACGACGGUCUGUACUGGACACAGUCGGCGCAGUACAUGGAAGGCGAAGACGGCGAGCUGUCAUGGUUCAAUGCCGGAGUCCGGGUGGGCGUCGGGAUAGGCCUUGGCGUUUGUCUCGGUAUCGGAAUCGGAGUCGGGCUACUCGUUCGCACAUACCAUACCACGGCGCGAACCUUCAAAAGGCGCCUCUUGUAGCCGCGAUCAGGCCAAAAACCGUAGCAUUUUGGUAAUAAACAGUCUCGGGAGGUUAUUAUCUCGUCGCGCAUUUUGGUAAUAAUGGCUGCGGAGACGAAACUAAGAUGGCGCGCAAGAAUUCGACCUUUGCUAGAAGCAUGUUUUUAUUUCAAAAGAUGUAAUAGUAUAUACGAGCGACUGAACAUCGACAAAGAUGCCUAAAGGAACGCGGUAAAGAUAAGAUAAAUUCUCCGGCA